UUAUAGAAAUAUAAACAUUCCAAGAGAAAUAGCCCUUCAUGACUCUAUCCUUAGCGGGUACUCUCGGGUAUAUGUCACUAGCACAUCUAGGUAUUAGUCCGGGGAAAGAUGUGGGGGAAGAAAUUGCCCGCCCCAAGCCGUUUUAGCACCUGCUUACAAGGGCCGAGGUACCUACCCCUACCUCUACCGAAGAGAGGUCCUUCAAAGCUUUUUAACUUCUGCACCUUUUUAAGCCUCUAGUCCUUUAAUCCGAACCCCUCCUCAUCAAUUCCCAUUGUAUUUUAUCACUCAAUGAUUUAGAAAGAAUCGAAAUCAAUGACAGUGGGGAUUGAUCGCCGUAGCGCAAACGUAGCUGGUCUGCGGUGAUGAGCGUCCUUGGAUUCCCAUUGCGCCGGCCCGCCCGCUUCAUUGACCGGGUGUGUCGCCGGCUCGGCUCUGCUACCGAUUUGUUAGCUACAACUGCAUUAAUUCCGAUACGCCAUAUUGAAUUCCGGCGUUAUGCAUCAACGAAGGGAACGAGGCCGCGGACGGCUAUCUUCUUUCCAGGCCAAGGAGUUCAGAAAGUCGGAAUGCUGGCGCCAUGGCUAGAAGCGUUUCCUCAAACCGCGAAACAUAUACUUGACGAAAUUGACCAUUAUAUGGGCUACAAAUUGUCCGACAUAAUACAAGACGGGCCGAGUCGAGUUUUAACCGCGACACCGAAUGCGCAACCAGCGAUUAUGGCGACCUCGAUCAUGAUCCUUCGUAUCCUCGAAACCGAAUUCGGCUUCAAAGUCUCUGAGCGAGUCGACGUUUCUCUCGGACAUUCCCUAGGUGAAUUCGCAGCUCUGGUAGCAGCUGGCGUGCUAGAAUUCGAGGACGCUUUGUACAUGGUGCGCCGACGCGCGGAGGUAAUGGCGGAGGCUACGCAAAAGGCCAAAGAUAAAUAUGGAGGUGAAUACGGCAUGGUAGCCGUGGUUACGGAGACCGAAUAUCUAAACCAACUUAUCGAAGCUAUAGACGACUUCGUGGGGUAUCGCAGUGCGGGUGCGAGGAGUGAAAGCGCUGAAUCUAUGAAACCGAUCGAUCAGGUGCUCAUAGCGAAUGUGAACAGCAAGAAUCAGAUCGUGUUGAGCGGGAGCGUACAAAGGAUCAAGGAACUUGUGGCGCAUGUCCGACAAUUCCUUGGUCACGAUCCGAGGGCUGUACGGUUAAAUAGCGACAGUCCAUUCCACAGUCCUAUUAUGAGACCGGCGGUAGCUGUGAUGAGAGAGUUGGUCUCGAAGAAAAGCAGAGUCAAAGGCCGCGAGAACGAGGAUGUUAUUACGUUUCCAGGCCGGUUAGAAUGUGUGAGCAACGUUAGUGCCCGACCGUUCAGCAGUGCUGCGGAUGUUAAGGAUCUCUUAGCGCGACAGUGCCUCGAAACUGUUAGAUGGUGGGAUAGCAUAAAAUACUUGGAUCAGGAACAAAAGGUUAGGAGGUGGAUAGGCAUCGGACCUGGAAAGGUGGGCAGGAAUCUAGUAGGGAAAGAGGUCGGUAUGCGUGGGACAGAUUCCGUUAAAGGCGGUGGUGUCUGGGCUAUCACGGAUCCAAUGGAAAUCGAGGAUGUUUUAAAAGGAUUGGAAAAAACCGAGUUCUUACAGGAGGAUGAAGAAUAGCGCCUGUACGAUGUUGUAUAUAAACCUCUGAGCUUUCAACGAGUUCUUCCCAUUUAUUAUCUCUAUAGAUACGGGCGUGUAUGGGAUGGUGUAGAAGAAAUAUCUAGACUCUGACAGAAUACUACUUCAUGAUCUCUUCCCUUGUCCUUUCCGCAUCUUUUCAACCCUAAGAGGCCAAAAUGCGCCCUGUAUAG